ACGGGUUCGUGUGAGGGACGGGAGGGUAAGGGCCCAGGGUAUUGGUGUCUGGCAGGCCCUGAGACGCUGGCCUUGUCCCAGGGGCUGCUGCUGCUGUGGCUGCUGCUGAAUGUGGGUGGGGUGUGGACAUCCAGGGGGCCGCUGCGGCCGCUGUGCCGGCCCAUCAACGCCACCCUGGCUGCUGAGAACGAGGCCUGCCCCGUCUGUGUCACCUUCACCACCACCAUCUGUGCCGGCUACUGCCCCAGCAUGAUGCGAGUGCUGCCGGCGGCCCUGCCCCCUGUGCCCCAGCCCGUGUGCACCUACCGUGAACUGCGCUUUGCCUCCGUCCGGCUCCCCGGAUGCCCGCCUGGUGUGGACCCCGUGGUCUCCUUCCCCGUGGCCCUCAGCUGUCGCUGCGGGCCCUGCCGCCUCAGCAGCUCCGACUGUGGGGGUCCCAGGGCCCAAUCCUUGGCCUGUGACCGCCCCCCACUCCCGGGCCUCCUGUUCCUCUAAGGACCCCUCACCCCAAUGCCUGGAGCCAGCAGCCGCUCUUUUCUACCCCUCCCAAUAAAAGCUUCUC